GCCCCAUGCCCCCAUGCUGAGCGCGGCGGUGGCAGUGGCGGUGGCAGCCCUAGUUGCAGCUCAGCUCUGGCUGGGGCUGGAGGACCCGGGGCCGGGGGACUGGUUCAGCAUGACCGACGUGGACGCUCUGGCAAAGCUGCGGGACGACUUCAGGAUGCAAAACAAAUCUGUGUUCAUCCUGGGCGCCAGCGGGGAGACUGGGGGAGUGCUCCUGAAGGAAAUACUGGAACAGAACCUGUUUUCCAGAGUCACGCUCAUUGGCCGGAGGAAGCUCAACCUCGAAGGGGAGGCUUACCAAAACGUGAAACAAGAAGUGGUAGACUUUGAAAAGUUGGAUGACUAUACUUCUGCCUUCCAAGGUCAUGAUGUUGGAUUCUGUUGUCUGGGAACCACCAGAAAAAAGGCUGGGGCGGAGGGAUUUAUUCGUGUUGAUCGAGAUUAUGUAUUGAAGUCUGCAGAGCUGGCAAAAGCUGGAGGGUGUAAGCAUUUCAACUUGCUAAGCUCUAAAGGAGCUGAUAAAUCAAGCAAUUUUUUAUAUCUACAAAUUAAGGGAGAAGUGGAAGCAAAGGUUGAAGAACUAAAUUUUGACCGCUACUCAAUAUUUAGGCCUGGAGUUCUCCUAUGUGACAGGCAAGAGUCUCGCCCAGGUGAAUGGUUUGUUAGGAAAUUCUUUGGCUCCUUACCAGAAUCUUGGGCCAGCGGGCACUCUGUACCUGUGAUAACCGUAGUUAGAGCAAUGCUGAACAAUACUGUGAAACCGAGUGACAAGAAGAUGGAGCUGCUGGAAAACAAGGUCAUCCAUGAGCUGGGAAAAGCCAGUGACACUCUCAAACCCUAGCCACAAAGGAAAAUACUAUUGUAAGCUUCAACACCCAACACCUAACCAGUGGUUUUGGGGCCUUAAACAUGUCAACAUGCUAUAACUUUGUACUUUCACUCUUCUCUGCUGCCUAGAUCUAAUCAGAAAUGAUUGUGCUGUGUUUCAGUGGUUCAAACCACAUUGUAUGUAUGUACAAUGUGUAUAUCAGUGGCUGUGUGCAUGCAUACAUCCAUGUGCUUAUUUAUUCCUAAGGGAUUUUCAAAGAUAGAGGUCCAUAGGUCUUACCUCAGACCGUCUGAUAAGAAUUUUUUUGGUGAAGGCAGAGACAUCUGUUAUUUUAUUUAUGCUUUCCCAGUGCUUCUUAUGCUACUAGCAGAGCCAGCAGCUUUUAAAUGCUUGUCUGCAGCAAUGCAAACCUUAUCUAUCAAGCAGAUGAGCUGUUUUUAAAAUUGUUUACAUUUGUGUUUCUUGAAUUACCUUCUGCUGGCUACUUCUAAUUGUAGAAAUGAACAUGUGCCUUAGUACUUGAGAAUAUAUAAUAAAAGUUAUUACAUAA